AUCGCAACCAUUUACACCCAGUGCUUUUCAUCGGGCCAUGUUUAGGCGCCCGAAUAGUCAAGGACUCGCGACCUGGCGGUGAGAAGCGUGCUAAGUGCUCUUUUUGGUGGGAGAAGCGACCCACCGUGGACCAGAUGAAGCAAGCUCAAGCUCAACGUGCAUACAAUCUGCACGAAGUGGAAGGAGAUGAAGACGUGGGUACCUCUAGUUAUGGCAGCCCUAACGCCUUAUUUUAGCAACACGACGCUAUAGAACUACAGAACUACUUUAUAAUAGAGCAGUACUAAAAUCCAAUUCCAACCACCAUGCAUCUAUAGCGCGUUGCUAGAAUAACGCGCUAAGCCUGUGGUCAUACUGGUGCUGAUGCGAGUAUUAGCUCUGGAGUGCCGAACAAGCCAUCAUCUCCUUCAAGCAACACACCUAGGCCUCCAACCACUUCCUCUCCUUCGAGCAGAAAAGUAACUGCCAAAGAGUGGCUUGCUAUGUUUCACGGGAACCUAGACAAAUGGCUAGAAAGUCUCAAGCCAACGGAGGACGAAGUUGACGCGAUUCAGAAUGAGGAGCUCUUGUGGAAUCGCGGACCAGCCUUUCUAGAUCCUCGAUCGUACCAGUAUAUGUUGCAUAGUUUAGGCUUUCAGUGGAACGAGGUGUUUGAGGAUGAUGAAGACGGUGCAAUGAUAAAGGAAGGGAACUCCAUGAACAAAAAUCUAGUAGCACGGCCACAGUUGUAUCAUCAAGAAGACUCUUGGAGCUUUUAUAAUAGGUCCUAUGACUCAGCGGCUAAAGAAAAUGAUAGAAGACUGAAGAUGACAAAAGCUGAGUCUAGGACUCAAAGUAGCGGUGGAGUAGAUGGCACAAGUGGAACAACAUCCACAAGUCCACCAGAUCAUGCCAUACAGAUGCAUAGUCGCGAUCCAUUGCCGUCAGGACGAACGCUCCAUGUCCUGCAGCAAACACCCAGCUCUGCAGGAGGAUCACUGGUGCCUUCGACAGAAGAUCUGCAGAAGACCAGAAGAGAUGAGGAAGAACAAGAAGGAACCCAUGCAAACGGAGAAGAAGACGACGAUUCGAACGUUCCACCGAACUUUCUAGAGCAUCAAAGAAAAUUCCGCAUGGACGAUGAUUACAACUGUUCAGGAUGUUAUGGCUACCUACUGUUUAUUUUCACCGACAACUUGAAAACACAGGUGGUCAGCCUAGAAGAAUUUGAAUUACAUGUUCUUUCCACCAAAGCAAGAAGAGUUCCCUUUUUAUAACGACUUGUAGAUCAGGGACUUCGACGGACAACUCGUUUACUUUCAUCUCUAACCUCUCUCAGCCCUCCGCAACAUUCUACCCUUCUCUCUAACCUCUCUCAGCCCUGCGCAACAUCCUACCUUUCCGCGACAUCUCGCCUGCUGAAGGCUACGCUGUGCCCUGGACGUUGCUGAUGUUCGCCUCGAUGAUGCGCAUAGGCUAUUCCAGACGUCGCGUAGGAAAUAUUUUCUACGACUGGCGAAAGGCUCCGCUUCAGUGGGAAGUGGAUGGCACGUUUGAACAAGCACGGUUGAUGGUAGAAUUGUACCGUGCUCGCUUCGGCAAGCCAGUUGUGCUUCUUUCUUGGAGUCAGGGUGGGCGUUUUGUGCAUUCUUUCCUAGACUGGCUUGAGCGAAGUGUCCCAAUGGACGAGAUGCUGCUCAUUUGCGGACAACUUGGUGCUGAUGUCAAUGGCCUCGAAGACAAGCCAGACAAGCUCCGACAACUGUACAAAGAUCUCCACGUGAAACACUGGAUAGCGAUUGCGACUCCUUUUACCGGAGCUCCGAAUGCCUUGCUAGGAGCAUUGAUGCCGCAUAGCGGUGCGAAUUACUAUCUUGGCCAAGUGAUUCCGUGGAUACGUGAUUUGGAUUUGAGGAACAUUUAUGGAGGAACAAGGCCAACUGAUAUUUGGGUUUGGCACGACUUGAAGAUAAGUGGAAGAACUCUUGAUAUUUUAUAAACAAACUCCUGUAUUUGGAUUUUACUUGGUUUCUCAAUUUGGAUUUGGAUUUGACGUUGGUAAACAAACUUCAAGCUGACUUGGUUUCAGUCUGAAUUUGACGUAGGUAAACAAACUGUAUUUGGAUUUGACUUGGCUUCAUCGAUCUCUCUCUAAUCCCCGACCUGCUCCUGGCCCGGCGCUGCUUAUCUACUGCCCCAGCCAGGCUCUUUGCCGCAGAAAAGCGAUGUGGUCAUGCGAGACGCGCGUCAACGUGUUCACUGUCGCUUCGAAAGCGUAAUCGUCGCUCAGCGUCGAAAUCAGCUCGAGAGGAAAGAACAAAGCGAUCAGAACCUUGAUGAUGGGCAACUGUUACGGCCAGUACUGACGUGGGUGUCCUCCUAAGUAAAAAUAACCUUAUAGUAGUACAACAACUAACACUACACUACUUGUGAACUACUACCAUUAUAGCAUGACCUUGACCUCCUCUAACAAAAGCGCUCACAGACGACAGCACUGCAAGCCCUUCGACGUCGACGUUGCAGUCGUCUUCAUCGUCGAUUAGCAGACGGGCCCCCGACCAAGACUCGUCUCACUCCAUGCCAUCACCAGACGAGACGCAUGAAGGCGUAGAAAUGAGAGAGCUAUACGAAUGUAACGACCUCCCUGCGAUCUUCCUCCAAGCGGCCAACCGAUGGCAGUACUUAGCAGAGGCAGCCGAGAGUCGAUUCAAAUUGCGGAUGCGUACCUUGUUGGAAGGUGCUGCGAAAGAGAUGAAUUUUAGUAGUGUAUUAGGAAGCGCUGGCGGUGGUGGAGGUGGUACGGAAGGUCUAGUUCCUCCUGCAUCUUCCUCUCUAGAACAGUGGCAAGCGGAUAUCUCUGAGAUGAGCAUAGAGGAGAUUGCGGACAAGCACUAUUCCGUUAUGUCUUUCGUGCGAGAAGAAAGUGACGACGAAGAAGAAAACGAAGAUGCUCUUGCUCAUGAUAGUAUUGUGUUGCGGGAUAGAAAUGCUGAAGCUGAUGCAAAAAGCAAGACGGCGGACAAGAAAGCGGAUAACGAUAACAGGACAGAAGCAGUGCCUGUCCUCCUUGGGACGGAGAUAGAUGAGGAAGAUGCUGAGGACACUUCGGCAUCGAAGAAUGCAAAAGCGGCCACUGCAACAAUAGGCAGUUGUACUAAAGGUGGAGUGGAAAGAAUUUCUAGUGCUUCAUCCAUGCGCGAUCGCAGCGCGUCACCGAGAAGCGCAAGCGGGUGGAGAGAUAAUGAUGAUUAUGGCCAGUUGCAGUUGUCGUCCUCUCUACUUGAAUACUACUAAAUGUAUAACUGAGAUCAUUAGAGAGUGAGCAGAGAUGCAAGCCUGAUCGACAGAUAAAAAUGCUGAAGAAGUAAAGAAAAGACCUCUAAGUCCCGCUCCUCCCUCCCCGCCUGGAAAUUCUCGAUACCGACGCUCGGGACACUGGCCAACAUUUCCUAGGUUUCAUGGGCUUCGGCAGCACAUCUUCAUCGAGCAGCAGUACUUCUGGCGACUGCUCUACUAAGAAAUAUCGGAACUCCUGCAAACAGCGGUCUGAAAAGCUAAGGUCAAAGUUGUCCUGUCCUUGUCGGAACCGUGCCCAACUAGAGGAAGCCCGUUUGCGAGUCCAUCAAGCGGCCAACACGCAAUAUGAGCAUGUCCAGACGUUGCGAGACUCGAUGCAGGCCACCGUCUUCAACAUUGACGGGCUGGCGUUGAAAGAUGAUCCACAACACGCCGAACGAGAACAAAUGCUGCUCCACAUCAAGACGCGGAUUUUGACAGCCGCGAUGCCAGAGGUACAAGAGUGGGCCAAGGCGAACGAGUGCAUGAAACUGUCACAAGUUGUAGCAUACAACGCGAGAAGGCUGGAUGAGACGCAUGCUUUUCUUAUGGAAGAUCUUGAUCUUGUAGGUGCUCAGAGAAGAUGAUCGUGGUCCUCGUGAAUUGUAUCGUUUAAUAUGAGCACCUUCCCCACUCAAAGGCAAGAACGCUUCCAAAAGUGCUCAUCAGUCGGAUGAUGUUCCUGUUAGUAGUUCUAAUUCUCGAAGACUACGGCCACCUAACGUAAACACUACCGCAUUUGUCGGAACCAAGAUUCAAACGGGUUACCAAUAUCGCUACGACGAUGGAAUCGAAAACUUUCCGACCAAAAUUUUCUAUACGGAUGGGGAUGGAACGGUAUACGGUUAGUACUUUCAUUGCCAUGGUUGGCUCAUGUGAUAUCACCAGACGUAAGUACACUGUUGAAAGUAUUUUCUUAUUUUCGGCACUACGCUUCUACGCGGAUGCAUCAUACAACCACUUCUUUCUCAGGUUCCCACCGAAAGCGCAGCUGCUGCAAAGUAUUGGGCUCGAGAAAGUUACACAGAACGCAUAGGCUUUUCAUACUCCAAUCCACAGCCUGCAGCUACAUCAACAAGGACAACUACAGGUCGUAGCACAGGAACAGAAGCGCCGGAUGCAACUACUUCGACGACAAUUUCAACUACAACAACAGGCCCCCGACAAGAGAUUAAGAAUCACCAUCCCAGGACAUCUAGAAAGAAGCGUGCUCCCAGUGCUGCAGAGUACAGGAAGAUUUUGAAUGCGCGCGACAAUGCAGAAGCAGCGACUCAGAUGGGAAGGUUAAAGAUGGAUAAGAGUGUAGAGAUGGUAAUUUUUGAGGGGAUGGGGCAUUUGGAUACCCUCUAUUCGAAAAUGACCGCAGAUUGUAUCACAGAUAUCCUGGACACCAUCAAUGGGACAAAGGUAGCUUAGAUCAAGAGCAGGCGAAUAAGGUUUUGUGAGGUUCAUGUGAUUAGAAUCUUCUUCGUGCAGCUCUCAAGAAUAUGCUGCCAACAUGCCUCAUCUUCAUUGCGCACCCGCACCGGUUUCGAAGAAAGCCCGACUAUACCUAGAGACGCAUAGACUAGAACUUCUAGAAGUAUACGUAGGAGAUGAGUCUUCCGUUUUUUCUUUUCCAUAUCAACUUGAAAUUUUAAUUUAGCACAUGGAUUUGUUGAUAUAAUUGAUUCAUGCAUACGUUUCCUUUCUUUUCAAUUUCCGCUACUAUUCAACACGCUGCUCACAGGCUUCCACGCAUAAUUGAUGGCACAUUUGCCCCUGCGAUGAUGAGACCUGUCAUAAACAUGAAACGCACGUAAAUCGUUGCCGCACACAACCACAACAUGUCGCCGUAUUACUUUUUUGCUUUUUUUUUGCUUGUCCAUAACGACAUAAAGCACUACCUACGAGCCAAAAUGUACGUCGUUGUUGGAAGAAUAAACAAAGAGCUCGUAGUCAUAGUACAAACAAUCCUUGGCGUCACGCUCACGCAGAAGGCAGGCGCACGUCGCCUGUUGCAUCAAGAAACAGAUUGCAUCAAGAAACGACAUAGGUAUAUCCCUUCUAUUGACGAAGAGAUCUGAACUAACG